CCCUCUUUCCAACUGAAAUGGUCACUCUAGCAAGUCUAGCAGCCAUCAGCAGUGAUGUCAAAAACAACAGCGGACGCCCAUUGACAUAAGAGUCAUAAGAGACAUCGCGGUCCGCAUGAAACAGCUGUGAAGAGAUCCCCCGAGGAAACGAGGUAUUCGCGAAGAGGCGACAUGUGCACCUCGGACCUACGUAGCUGGCCCAUCUUCAGUUUACUGGAGCCGGAGUUCGUCUCGCAGAUUCACAUGGUCGUGGUAUACGGUAACCUGGGUAACGAGGCCCUGAUCGUGACGAGGGACAAGAUGGUGUACGCCCUGGGCAACAACAUCGCCGGUUGUCUGGGGACUGGCGACGCGCACAGCACGCUGUACCCGAAGAAGGUGGAGGCCCUCUGCGAGAAGGAUAUCAAGACGUUCGCCUACGGCAGCGGACCCCACGUUCUGGUGCUCACGAAGGAGGGAGAGGUGUACUCCUGGGGCCACAAUGGCUACUGCGAACUGGGGAACGGGACGUGUAAUCAGGGUCUCACGCCUACUCUAGUCAACAUGCCCACCAUGAACGGCGGUCUGGGCAUGAAGCGCAUCGUGGACAUCGCGUGCGGGAGUCACCAUUCCGUCGCUCUGACCGAGGACGGCGAGGUGUACGCCUGGGGACAGAACAAUUGCGGGCAAGUGGGCAGCAGCAUCAGCACGAAUCAGGGCGCGCCCAGGCAAGUGAACUCCAACCUGGCUGGGAAGAAGGUCGUCUACAUCUCCUGCGGUCAGACCUCCACCAUGGCGGUCGUCGAGAACGGCGAGGUGUACGGCUGGGGCUACAACGGCGUCGGCCAGCUGGGGAUAGGCAAUUACGUGAACCAAAUGACGCCGUGCCGAGUGGGCUCGCUGAUCGGCACUGUGAUAGUCAAGGUCGCCUGCGGAUACGCGCACACGCUGGCGCUCACGGACGAGGGGAAGCUGUACGUCUGGGGCGGGAACAGUUACGGCCAGUUGGGGAUCGGCAACAAGACGAACGCCUGCAAUCCAGUCAUGUUGGACCACCAGGUCAGCCACGAGAUGGGAAGGGUGUCCGACAUCGCCGCUCUGCACUACAAUCACAUAAGCAUCGCCGUCGGCGAGGGUGGACGCGUCUACAUGUGGGGACAUUGUCGCGGUCAGAGCAUCACGACCCCGACCGCCACUCCGUUCUCGAACGUGCACGACGCGCUCGCCUGCUACGGCUCGCCGAGCGUUAUGCACAAGCCGCUGAUCCUGCACGCGAACGAGGAGUCGGGCAUAUUGGAGUGCCUGGAGACCGCAUUCGACGAUCCCACGACGAGCGAUCUCACGAUACAGGUGGAGGGCCAGUGUAUUCACGUGCACAAGGCUAUUUUGAAGAUCCGCUGUCCGUACUUCAAGACCAUGUUUCAGCACAAUUGGGCGGAAAACAACAAGAAUGUCAUCGAGCACGAUCAAUUUUCCUACGUCGUCUACAAAGCCUUCCUGAAGUACUUGUACACCGACGUGAUCGAUUUGCCCGUGGAGAAGGCGUUAGAGCUUCUGGAUCUGGCUAACGCUUAUUGCGAGAGCAACCUCAAGAAGCACUGCAUUCGGAUGAUAAAGCAAGGAAUUACCGUAUCGAACGUCGCCUAUUUGUACAGCAUCGCGAUCGAGUACAGCGCGGAGGAGCUGGAAGAAUUCUGCUUUAAGUUCGCCUUGAAUCACAUGACGGCUGUGACGCAGACGGAAAAUUUCGCCAAGCUGGACGAGAAUACGGUAAAAACUUUUAUAAUUAAGGCGGGCAAGGCCGGCGUUUUUAGGACGUAAUUUCGUCUGUUUGCCUCAAGGACAGCGCGCCUCGACGGGCAUGGACGGAAGUCGCCCGGUCUGUCUGUUGCUGCACGAAUAACGCGUUUUACAAUCGUGUGUUCUGAUGAAAAAUAUUCCGCGACAACUUUCGUUUCCUCAACUUUGCAUUUCGCGUGUUGUAAGUGAUAUAAAAUAGACGCGGCCCCGCGUCCGACCGUUGCGAACAAAAGUAGUCUCGCGGGCGCGCGCACGCGCAUCGCCGGAUCAUCCGCGUGCGGGAGAUGCCCUCGGUUGAUCCCCUCGGAGAGGGGAUCUUGUGUGAUCUUGCGAACGGUACCUGAGAGAUUAUCCUAGAAAAUUCGCGUAACGCGAAAGGAAAGGAAAAAAAACAACAGCGCGCCACUCGCUGAAGAGGAAUCAAUCUCGCGUCCGCUGUGCCGGUUAUCGGCGUAACCGGAUUUAUUACGCGUCAAAAAGUCUGUCGAACGAUUGCGAAAGAUUUUAUCGUUCCGUUUCCUUCUUAUUCAUUUUUUUCUGUGAUAUAGCGUGAUAUAUCGGGGCGUGACUACAUACCGCGAUCACGCCGGCUUCUCUCGCCGAUUCUGUUUGCCAGCUGAACUUUGUAAAAUAUAGAUAUGUAUGUACAGUAUGUACGUAAUAAAAUUUUGUAACGCAGUCAA